AUGAUGGUCACUUCAACAAUGAGUUCUGAAAAAAAAUUGAUGAAUGCUGUCACCAGUAGAGUCACAGUAUUCUCGAGUGAUGAGCUGAAUACUCAUAACCUGGUUACAACUAUCACCAGUGCCAACGGAGGCCAGGUCAAGGUGACUAAUGAUGUUGAUAUGGCUAUGAAGCUGGCCCUUGAGGGUGACGUCGACUACGACGAAAAGAAAGACAAGGCUUUGCGUUGGAAAAUUGACUUAUUCUUGAUGCCCGCUCUUAUGCUUUUGAUCACAGCCCUUUAUAUGGAUAAGUCUGCUCUCAGUACCUCUGCCAUUCUUGGUAUCAAGCAGUCUCUUGAUAUGAAAGGUGAUAUGUACUCUUGGACCUCUUCUGCGUUCUACCUGGGAUACUUAGUGUUUGAGUUACCUGCCAGUUUCCUCUUGCAGAGAUUUCCUUUGGCGAAAACAUUGUCAUGCUUUGUCAUUCUGUGGUCUAUGAUCCUCAUUCUUCACGGGGCUGUCAAAUCUUACGCUGGUUUAAUGGCCCUUCGUGUUAUCUUGGGUAUGCUAGAGUCCUCAAUCAAUCCUGGAUUAAUGUUGAUAACCAGUCAAUACUACAAAGUUGAUGAACAAUUCUUGAGAACAUCAGUCUGGUUCUGCUGCAGUGGUAUAGCAACUAUUCUGAACAACUGCAUAGGAUAUGCUAUGGUUCAAUACGAGGAGUCAUACUCUGUUGAGCCGUGGAGACUCAACCUUUACAUUAUUGGUGCAGUCAGUUUGGGUAUCGGCUUCUUUGCGCUAGCUUAUCUUCCAGAUGAACCUUCGAAGGCCAGAUUCCUUAACGACGAAGACAAGAAAAGACUAGUUCAGCGCUUAAGAGGAAACCAACAAGGAUUUGGCUCGAAGCGCAUUAAGAAAAACCAGAUCAAAGAAGCACUUACCGAUGUGGUCACUUGGUACUACUUCUGGUACGGCGUUUCGUCCGAUAUUCCAUCGGGAGCUAUUGGCUCUUUCGGAUCUAUUCUUUUGAAUGAUGACUUCAAGUUCUCAACAAAGAAGUCUAUGCUGAUGAAAAUGCCUACGGGAGCUAUCAUUUUUCCCGGAAACCCGCUGUUUGUGUGGGCAUGCCUGAAAAUUUGGAAAUCACGGAUGUUUGUCUCCGUCUUCUCGACCAUUAUUUGUAUCGUUGCAGCUUGUAUGCUUGCAUGGCCCAACGGGAACAACAAAGUCGGUCUGGCAGGAUACUACUUGCAAGAACUUAACCCAAUCAGUAUGAUUCAGUGUUUAUCCUGUUUCUCAAGUAACACUGGUGGUACUACAAAAAAAGCAGUCAUGGAUGCUAUCUUCUUGAUUGGUUAUUGUAUUGGUAUGGUCGUUGGCCCACAAACAUUCAUUGAGUCGCAAGCGCCUGAUUACAUUGGUGGAAAGAUCGCAAUUGUGGUUUCUUAUGCGACAAGUUUAAUUUUCUUACUGCUUAUCUGGUGGGAAUACGACCGUAGAAACCGCGAGAAUGCCAAACAUUUGAGAGAACACCCGGAAAUUGAAGAGAAAGCACGAAUGGUUCAGAACAUUGAGUUCGCUGACUUAACUGAUAAGGAAAAUCCCCUUUUCCACUAUUCCACCUAA